AUGUUAAAACAAUCCUCAUCGGCAGACCAUUUAAGUUGGUCUAGUCCAGAAUCCUUAAGUGGUCCAUGUAGUCCAUUACAUGGUGCACCAACAAUAAUGCCAACUACAGGUGGCGGACAACAAUGGAUACAACAUACAACAAAUCCUCAUAUGAUUCCCAUUGAUCCUCAGAUUACAAACGAUUGUUGUGCACAAUGUCAGCCCACACAACAACAGAUGCAUGGAGGACGUUAUGCACCCAUUCAUAGUCGAUCACAAUCAAUCAAUAGUUAUUCAAAUAUACCACAAAUAUGCCAUGGGCAGUGUUAUAAAGAAAUACAUCAACAAGCACCACCUCGUAUAUAUAAUACACAACCUAGAGCUGGUAGUGGUGCUAUAAAUAACCUUGACGAUGAAGAAUCAACAUAUCCAAUGUUAUGUGAUCGUGAAUUACAUUCGUUGCAUAGGAACGUGCCAGCAUUAAGACGUCGUGACAUUGAUACGGCCGCAAUACGUUCACAUUAUUAUCCAGAAGGGGGUUGGGGAUGGAUUGUAUGUGGUGCAGGAUUCUUAGCACAUUUAUUAACAUCCGGUUUACAAUUGGCAUUCGGUUUAUUAUAUUUAUAUACAACAAAACAUGUAUCUAGUCGACGUAAUCCAGCCGAUCGAGAACCAUAUGUUAUGUAUACAGCAUGGAUGGGAGCAAUGUGUUUAUGUGUAUCAUUUCUAUCAGCUCCAAUUAUAGUAGCUGUAUGCCGGCGAAAAUCAACACGAUUAACUGCCGUACUUGGCGGUUUAAUUAUGGCGUUGGCGUGCUUGUUCACAUCAUUUGCCACACAAUAUCAUCAAGCAUUACUCAGUUAUGGGUUUGUCCUUGGCGCUGGCGCCGGAAUGGUACGUGAAACAUCUGGAUUAGUGCUUGCACAUUACUUUAAACGAAGACGUGAAUUCGUUGAGAUGGUUGUACAAGCUGGUACUGGAGUUGGAGUUGCACUAUUUUCUGUGCUCUACAAAGAAGCAGUGGGGAAACUUGGUUGGAGACUUGGUUUACAAGCUGUAACAGGGUUGUUAACCGUUGGUUUCUUUCUUGGAAUUGUAUAUCGUCCAGCAAGCUUAUAUCAUCCUCAACGUAGAGCAAUAAUGCAUUUAAAAAAUCAACGUAAGAAGGUUAAAGAAAAGAAGACACAUAUACGUGUAAAAAAACCGCCAUUAUUUGAUUUUUCACCAUUACGUAGUGGAACUUUACGUAUGCUUCUUGCAGCAGCUGCAACCGCUGCGUUAGGUUUAUAUACUCCUGUAUUCUAUCUGGCACUGCAAGGAUACAAUGAGGGCUUAGAAGAUAGUGCAUUAGUAAUUUUACAAACAUUCCUUGGUUUUGCGACCGCAUUAGGUUGCGUUGGUUUUGGGCUAGUUACAGUACGCCCUAGUUCACAAUGUUUAAUUAGUAGACAGUACUUAUGUCAAGCUGCUAUGGUUGGAAUUGGUGUUUCAUUAUUAGCAUUGAGCGCUGUCCAAGGAUAUCAUGGCUAUGUAUUAUUCGUAUGCCUUUACGGCAUAUGUUUAGGUGGUUUUAUGUAUUCAUUAAAAAUGUUUACAUUAGAACGUGUACGUGCCAGACAUUUUACAAAAGCAUGGGGUUUUGUACAAGGUGCUGAAUCCAUACCAAUAUUAAUAGGUGUACCAAUAACUGGUUACAUAAAUCAAACAAAUCCAAAAGCUGGUUAUUAUUUUAGUUUUGUAUUUACAAUGAUCGGUGCUGUUCUUUUAUUUUUUGUAGGCUAUGCCAAAAAACCAGAACCAUCAAAUUCAUUUACAUCAAAUAUAAAUAGUGAAUGUUUAUGUCCAAUAUCACCGCAAUUUAAUAAUCAUCGUUAUAAUACAACAAAUAGUUAUAAUUCAUCAAAUCAUUUUAAUUCAAAUAUAAAUACUGUACCAAAUCAUUAUGAGCGUGUUAUGAAUCAAUAUAAUAAUCAUAAUCAUCAUGCAUCAUUUAUUAAUCGUAAUCCACAUCAUCGACAUUCAUUUAAAAUCAUUCGUGAACCGAAUCAGUAUCACUAUAGAGAUGGUUUACAUAAAAGUUUAUCGUAUGCCGCUCAUAUGAAUUAUCCUGAUGGACCAGCAAUGGUUAUACCACAAUCAUCGGUUCAUUGUAUUACAGAUCAAGCUGAUUUUAUGAAUUGUAACCAAUAUUUUAAGCCACAACAAUUGCGUAGUUCAAAGAGUGUACCGGAAGGUUUAGCAACACGUUGGGAUAAUCAUCAUUGGGCUAACUAUAAACGACCAAUUAUACGUAAUGUACAAGUUAUAGAACAAAUAACUACCUCGGUUUAA